AUACCCCUUAUAUUCUCAUGCACGAGUAUAGACACUCAUGCGGUCAGAAAGUGUACACGUCUCCAUCUGCAGCUGGAUUCAAUCAACAUUUGUCCUUAACUUUUGAUUUGGACAGUAGCUCACUUUGAUAAAUUAGUUUUAGCGGCUACUGAAUUCGCCAAGCUUGGUGAAGAAAAAAAUACUGCUUUAGUGCUUUUAGUUAGUCAAAGGACAAAUGUUGAUUGAAUCCCAGCCUAAACUCUGAUUAAUAAGCAGGCUUUUCUUUAUUCUGUGUAGGAAUGAUUCCAUGCCCAGCCCUAUUGUAAAAAGAGUUAAAAUGUGUGCUUGGUUUCCAGUGAGUCUGUUAGGCUCUGUAGAACCCGCUCCAGUCUUGUCAACAUGCAUAUUUAAUGAUGUUUAUUCUAUGGUGGGUCCUCCUAAUGUCUCAUUAGUCAGCAUUGAGCUGUGCUUUUCUGUUUGUGUGCGAGUGCGCGUGAUGUUGUGUGGACAUGUGAUUAUUAAUGUGCGUCUGUGGGGGAAUGUGUAAGUGUGUGUCAGAGAAUGAGUGUGCGCGAGAUCAUGUUCGGAGUGUGUGUGAAUGUGUGCACGCACGUGACCACGAUUGUGUCCACCUGUGUGAGAGUGAGCGUGUGUGUGAGCAUGUGUGUGUGUGUGUGUGUGUGAGAGUGUGUGUGUGUGUUAGCGUGUGAAUGUGUGUGAGCAGCUCCAGGUUCAUGUUUGUGAAUGGCCUGGUCCCAUUGUGUGCGUGCGCGUUCAGUCCUUUUACGUUCUAGAUGGAGCUCCAUGCUGACUGAACACUGACACAGCAAAUCAUUUAAAGGGCCCACCUCCCGUCCCCUCCACCCCCACCCCCACCCCCUGGCUCUCUCUCAAUACCUGUCUGUCCCCAAAAUCCCCCCACAGAGGACUCCUCUCAUCUGGGACAUGGAGCUCCGGGCACACUGCCACUAAGGUGAAAUAAUUCAGGGGACGGUUCUGAAGAGCAAGAUGAGGCCACCUCUUCUCCUGUUCGGUCUGCUGGGACUGUGUCUGCUGGCCAGCUCCCUGUCCCUCAGAAUCUGCGCCUUCAACAUCCGCAGCUUCGGAGAGGCCAAGGCCAGCAACAGGAGAGUCAUGGCCCUGCUGAUACAGAUCAUCGCCCUUGUACAUGUUGGCUGGUUCAGGCUAAUCAGGAACUCAAAGGGCACAGCCAUCCCAACACUGGUGAGGGAACUGAACAGCCUGGAUAAAUCGCAUUCCUACUCCCAUGUGGACAGCAAGAGGCUAGGGAGGAAGACCUACAAGGAGCAGUAUGUCUACAUAUACAGAACAGACAUGCUGCAGGUUCAGGAGCACUUUGAAUACCAGCGGCCCGCUGAGGGCGUGGCCAAUGACACGGAUGUGUUUUCCCGCGAACCCUUCAUCGUGCGUUUCCACUCCCCCAACACCCUGGUGAAGGAUUUCGUCUUGGUGGGCCAGCACACCUGCCCCAAAAACGCCAUGCGGGAGAUGGACGAACUCUACACGGUGUUCCAGGCCGUCCGCAGGACCUGGAAGACUGAGAAUGUGAUGUUCCUGGGGGACCUGAAUGCAGCCUGUGGGUACGUUACCAUCAAAGGCUGGGGUGCAGUCCGACUGAGGAGUGACCCCAAAUUCCACUGGCUGAUCGGGGACAAAGAAGACACCACCGUCCGUGAGAAAACACACUGCGCCUACGACAGGAUCGUGGUCCACGGGAAAGAGCUCCUGUCGGGGAUCGUGUCGAACUCCGCCCGGCCCUUCAACUUCAAAAGAGAGUACCAGCUCACCGAAGAGGAGGCUCUGGCGGUCAGCGAUCAUUACCCAGUGGAAGUGGACCUGAAACCCAGCCACCGGUACCUCCUGCGCCAUGAACUCUGACCCCCGGCCCAAUUCCGCAGGAUGGACCUCCAAUCUGGACUGAUGAAUUUUAUAAAAGUUAUUAUUUUUUAAUUCAAUAAACCAUGAUGCACCCAUUUGGCACUCUUAAAACUUA